AUGGGUUUCGCCAAAAUCGUACUCGGUGAGGACGACGAAAGCGACUCUCCUGCCACCGGAACCAUUCCCGGUGACGCUGGCCGGUCGACCAUGGACACACAGUUCUUUCCCUGGAUCUCAACACCAUUGCCCUCGCUGAACAUCCUCCAAGCCGCGGUCGACGCCUACUUCGACAGGGUCAACUGGUACAUCAUGCUAUUCCAUCAGCCUUCAUUCACGCUCCGUGCACAAGGCAUUCUGCAACGAGCUGCAUGGAGACGUGAUGAACUGGUGGAUGUGCUGCUGGUGGCUACGGUCGCGAGCGUCGGCUUGCGAUGUGUCCAACAUGACAAGACGUGGCAAGGACACCAGUUGUUGGAGUCCUACUCGAUUACAGCAGAGUCACUCAGCUCGGACUUGAUGUCUCAAAUUGGCUCGCGCUUUUACGAAGUGAUGCUGGAAUCGCGAAUCGAAGCAUAUCAGAUCUGCAUGCUACUGACCACUUACCAUGUGUACUUUGGAUCGUCAAACUUUGCCUGGAAUGUUUCUGGCGUUUCGACGCGAACGGCAUAUGCGCUGGCGCUCCAUUGCGACAAAACCCGAAACAACAAUGAGAUUGCUCGCGAAGUCAGCAACCGGUGUUGGAAUCACUUGGUGGUGUCUGAUCAGUUCUCGUCAAUGAUAUUUGGACGUCCAGCAGCGCUUGAUCCCGCAUUCGCUCAAUUGAAGAAGCUCAAGGACUUGGACGAUACCAUGCUUCCCGAAAGCACGGCAAAUUUGCCCAUCUUCCAAGGGCGAGGUGCUCACAUUUCAUUUCUGACCUACCACACCCUGAAGUUCGAGCUGUAUCACAUCAUUCGCCAGACAUUACAGAGCUUCAGGGUCAUGCAAUUGCAGAGCCCGGUCUCUGUCCAGGAUCUGAGGGCUCUCAUUCAAGUCGUCAACACCACAGAAAUGAUGCUGCAGCAAUGGCACGACCAUCUGCCAGCAGUGUUCAAGCCGUCGCAGUGGCCUGCAGGUAAUCCCUGGAACGUUCUUGAGCUUGACCAAUGCACCCCAGAAGAACACAGUGUCCGGAGGAAAAUUGGACUGCAAGGCCUCAUUCUCCAGCUUCUAUACGAUGCCGCCAGAGUCUGGGCUCAUCGACCUCUGCUCAAGCUCCGCGUAGCUCUUUCACCCAAAGCGGAUAUCUCGAAGAUACCUCUCGACGAUGUUCCAGAUUCACUGGGGACUUCAGUACAGGCUGCGCUGCGGAUGUCCCGCGUCCCAGUGGACGAAUUCGGCGGCCACCUCGCUCAAUCCUUUGCCUUGAUGCAUCUUUUCACCGCCGGAAUAAUCCUCUGCAUCGCGCCGACCUGCCAGCCAUACAGUCAGAUGGCGUCCGACGCAAAGGCUGGGGUGUUGAGAAUCAUUGCAGCCUGCAGGGCGAUUGAGGACGAGAGUAAGAUCGCCAGACACACAGAUCAGAUGCUGACAAGGCUUUACAAGAAGACAAUGCAGCGAGAGAUGGACAAUGCCUUACGGAAUGUGGACAAAGGCGCGUCCAGGGAUCGAAGAAGCGUACCGGUCUCCGUGAAGCGAUCGCCAGACACCGCAGAGGAUCCUCAACCGCGGCGAGCACCGGCUCUCGUGUCCGAGCCGACUUCGCGUACCCAUGUGGAUAUGGUCAGCCCGACUGCUGCCACCGAAUACAGCGGGACUCUUGGAGGGUUUGACUCCCAUGCCCGCCUGACUGAUGAACCGCGGGAGGAACCCGUGGUCUCCUAUCUCCAAUUUGAAUCACUUCGUCACAACGACAGGAUGGACCCUCACGACAUGGAGCAUCUCGACGAAGCUUAUGGUGCGUUCGAACAGAUGUUCAACCUCGACUUUGCCGAAUUCUCCUUUAAUCCGGAGUGA